ACAUGACAGAUCAAGAACAGCGAAUGAACUUACUGAAGAAAGAAGUGAGGUCACUGUUGACACCUAGCAAGGAAGGUCUUACCCUUUGCCAAUUAGAACAAGAAUACAAGUCUAUGAUAGGAAAACUGCUUCCAUUGCGUAUGUUGGGUUACCAUUCUGUUAUGGAAUUAGUGAAGGAUAUGCCUGAUACUGUUAACAUAUGUCCAAAAGGAGACGGCACUGUAGUUCUCAAAGCUAUUGCUGAUGAAUCUACCAAAAGGAUUGCAAGCUUGAUUGCCAGACAAAAGAGCAAAUAUAAGCCACAACAUUCCAAACAUAAGCUGAAUUUCUCUUUGCCUUCCACCUCUUGCUCUCAAGUGACUUUGCGCCCCCAACAUUCUCUAAGCUUGCCUCGGCAUGGAGGAGGUCCUCCUACUCUGCCUCCUGUUAUAAAAAGUGAGCUGAAGGAAGUGCUGAGAUUUUCCCCAGUUUUGCUCUCAGAUUUUGACAAAGCCUUUGCCCAACGCUUUGGACGCACAUUUGAAUUCAUGCGUUAUGGAUUCUUCUCAAUGUUUGAGGUGUUGAAUGCAGCUUCAGAUAUUAUCCAAAUUGUGCAAACAAGAGCAGGCUCUUUGAUGACAUUAAAAGAACAUCCUCUUACAAAGCAACCAGAAAUGUUGUCAGAGUGCAAAAUGGCAGUCCAGUCAUGUGAAACAGAGCAAACUUUGCCUGCUGCUGUAUCAGAACCUGUGGCAGAGAUGCCUUCUCCAGUCUUGCCUAUGGAUGUUCUGCAGUCAACCGCAGACCAGAAAUCUGAUGAUUUGCAAACACAGAUGAAACUAGUUGAAAGUCCAAAAGUGAGAGCUGAGGAGAGGAUGGGACAAAUUGUAGCCCAGUACCCAAAUGGCCUCCAUGCUUCCAAGUUACCUGGAGAAUUUGAGGAGUAUUUUCAUGAAAAAUUGCCUGUAAGAAAACUGGGUUUCUUAAAUUUGAUGGAACUUAUUGGUGCCCUUAAUGAUGUUCUCCGUAUUGAGUGCAGAGAAGGAGAAAACGAUUGGCUCAUCUUUGACAUUGACUCACAAAGCCUACCAGAUGAUGAACAAACAAAUGUUAAGAUUUCUCAGUCUAGUUUAUUAGCACACCAGGAGGCUUCUGAAGAGCACAAACUGCCCACUUGGGAUUCCCCUUCUGAGGAUUCUAAGAAACUGGAGACUAAGUUCAAUGUAGUAACAAAGAUGGUAACGCCGCACCUAGACAUAGAGAAAGAUAACAUUAUACAGGAAAUAAUGGAAGAAGAAGUACCACCAGAUGCUGUUCAAGAUGAAAGCCUUUAUAGUCUCCCUAAGCUUGACAACAAUGCUUUUGUUGGAUUAUUUGUGGAGGACAUUGUGUCUCCUUCACAAUUCCAUAUCCGGAUCUACAGUGGAGAAACUUCUGAUGAGCUAGAAAAUAUCAUGAUUGAGAUGAGACGAUGCUAUUCUAGUAAAUAUGUAACUAAUCGUUAUGUCAUACCUGAAGCCUUCAUCCGUCCCGGCCAGCUUUGUUGUGUAAAGAAUUCUAAAGACAAAUGGUGGUACCGAGUUAUCAUUCAUCGACUUCUUAAUGACCAAGAAGUUGAAGUGUUUUACCCAGACUUUGGAAAUAUAACAAUAGCUCAAAAAUCUUCACUGAGGUUUCUCAAACAUUGCUAUGCAAAACUUCCUGCCCAAGUUAUCCCUUGCUGUUUAGCCUGGGUGAAGCCAAAAAAGGGUGAUUGGUCUGUCAGUGCUAUAAAGGAAUUCCGAAGGCUGUGUGAGCUAAAAUUGCUGGUGGGACUGGUAGAUGAAUAUAUAAAUGAUGUCCUUUACCUCUUCCUUUGUGAUACCAGUUCCGAAGAUGACGUCUACUUGCACAAUGUUUUGAAAUUAGAGGGUCAUGCUCUCAUUUGUAGGGAGAACAUUCCUUCCAAGGGCUUCAGAGAGUUAAAUCCUUUUACGCUAUAUAUGAAACCAAACCCAAACCAGCUGGCUGAUUUCACAGAAGCAGACACUUCAUUGCUUCAGCAGGACUUUCUUGUAAACUUCCCAGCAACAAAUUCAGAGACUUGCAAUAAUGUAAUAGUUUCACAGCAUACAGCAAGCCAAUCCUUAGAUCCUGAAAUACCAUACCUGGAGCCAGUGUAUUUAUGCCAAGAAAUUUGGGAUGAGAACUGGUUGCCUUCAAUAUAUCAUGAAGAAAAGAAAAAUAAGGAUACUUCUGAUAAUUUAAAUUCUGAUAUUAUGGUAGUUUCUGACCAGACUUCAGGUGAUGAAGGCAACAAAAAUGAGAUCCAACACAACCAAGGUUUGAUUCAAAAGAACAGGGAUGCAUCCAGUGCCAUUGAGACAGCAGAUCAUACAAAUCUGGGACCCCCAAAUGAAAUUCUGAGCUCGAGAGCAGAAAUAAAGGUAGAAUCCUCUGUUGGAGAUAUACCUGAUUCUUCGUCACAAACGUUAGAAGAGUUUUAUGUUUCCAUCAUUCAUUCCAAGAAAUCAGAAAAGCUGAGUCAAAAUGAAUCAGAUGUAAACAAAUCGUCUGCUUGCCAUUCCCAACUUCUUCCAUCAACAUCUGUGUUGCAUGGUAUAUAUAUAUGCAUUGGUCUUCUAUUGAUGCUAACUUUGCUGUUACUAUAUCUUUACUAUGUAGAAAGAGCUGCUUCAGAAAACACGGUUAAUGAUGCUCCUGGAACUCAAACAGUUUCGGUAUAUAAUGCUAAUCAUUACUUUGAACCUUGUGCCAUUGGUCACAAUGCCUUAGUCUUUACUGCUGAGCUUCAGAGCUCUCCAAAAUUCUGUGUUCCAUGCAGUCCAACUGUUGCCUUGGGAGCAUCUGCACGAUUAGCUGCCUCUGGUGGAUAUUUCUCCCUUAACUUUAGGAAGAUGAAGAUAUCACAAAAGUCAGCAUGAAAGAUUUUCAAGAGACUUUAAUGUUCAUCUAGUUAACUGGACAGUAGCUAAAAAAAAUCUUAUAAUUUGAGCCUAUAGGAUAUUAUAAUUUAAAGCCCAAGUGAAAUUUAGGCAACAUGCCAUGACUUUUUCCCAUAUAUUGCUUUUCCUGUUGUAUACUACUGUUAACAUUUCUACUUUUGAAUAUAAUGGUUUUGCAAAUAAUCAGUGAACUGUCUUAUUUAAGUUGUAUGCAUAAUUUUGUGGGCUGGCAGAGUCAUUGAGAGUUAAGGACAGCAAAUACAACAAUGUCAAAUCACAGCUGCCAAUUCUUUAACCUGCAUUGGCAUUCAUACGCAUUAAGUUCUUGCCAACCUAGGAUAUUGCAAUGUUUAAGUGUAGCAUGUGUGCGGGUAUGAGUAGUGAGGGACCAGCCUUAGUAAUAACCAUGCAGUGUUAUUCGUUUUUGGUUUUUUUUUGUAUAUGGAGUUUUCUGGGAAAGAGCUUAAAUUAAUACGGACAUUGUAUUUUGUCUUCUCAGCAUUUCUAAUGACUCACGUUAAAAUAUUCAGUCUCAAUAUUUUCCUGCACAUGUGCAAUGUGAGUGGGAGUGAGUUGUUUAUAUAUCAUUAACUGCUGACUGUUUCUAAUGAAAUUUCUAAUGGAGUCCCUCUUUGAAGGCAGUCUAGAAAUGAGAAAUAUAUAAAUAAAUGAACUGUGCACAUGUUGCAGCACCUUUCUCAUACAUAGGCAGCAAGUGCUAUUGGGGUGUGUGUAUUUUAUCCUUCUAAAAAUAACUAUCAAUAAAAUACAAAUAAAAUAUGAGUUUAUGAUUUAAAUAUGAAAAGAUAUUGACUAGAAACACUAUAAAAAUAAUAGCGCCUACCCGACUAAAACCUACUUCAAUAGACGUCAGCUUUAGAGAUCAAAAAGCUGCCUGAAAAAAUAAUGAGUAUUUGCACAACACACUAAGUCAUAACAUAAUUAGACUUUUCAGUGUCCAAGUUCACUCCAGGUCUAAAAUUGCUGUUAAUACAGAAAAUAUUAAUCAAAUCUGGAACCAUGCCUGAUGGUAAUUCAUUCUUGGGGGCCAAAUUAAUUUCCCUCCUUUGGCUUCCAGCCAUAGGCCAAGGAAUUGUCCCUGUCCAAGAUUUUCAGUUCUCAUUAAUGAAAAUUUUAAACAGUACAGUAAUGGGUUUAAGGAGUGAACCAUUUUCACUUCUCACUUGGUUUUUCCCUCCAGUUUUUGUUUACUAUGGUUUUCAAGCCAGGCACAGAUCUAUCUGUAAUCAACAAGCUAUUCAGUUUAUACUUAAAUUAUAUGUACUGUAUCUCAUUCCAACAGUCUACUGAAUGACCAUGUUUGUCAUCCCAACAAUUGUGGGAAAAUAUAGAAAUUGUGCUAAUCUUACUUGAUGAAUAAUUGUCAGAGGCUGGAAAAAAGCAAACAACAUUCCAGGAAGGUUAGAUAAGAAGAAGCCUAAACAGAUUUAUGUGGAGCGAACCAGUUGUUGUUAUUAUCCACUUGUUUUUCUUUAUUGAUUUUAUUCAGGUCACUUUUUUGUUUUAUUACAUGUUUUGGUUUUAUGAAUGAUUGCAGAGAGGUUAGGUUUUCCACCAUGAGCCUUUGUGAUGAGUAAUUUGUCAGUA